AUGGCUCGUGUCAAGGCUUACGAGCUUCGCGCAAAGAGCAAGACUGAGCUUAUGAAACAGCUCGAUGAGCUUAAACAAGAGCUGGCCAGCUUGAAAGUUCAAAAAAUCGCGGGUGGUGCUCCUGCAAAAUUGACAAAACUUUGCGAGGUCCGCAAGUCAAUCGCGCGAGUCAAUACCGUCAUAUCACAGACCCAACGCGAACAACUCCGCCUCUUCUACAAAGGCAAGAAAUAUCUUCCUCUCGAUCUUAGACCAAAGAAAACUCGUGCCAUUCGCCGUAAACUAACAAAAUUUGAGGCUUCGCAAAAGACCAGACG